AUGGGGACAGCAGGGACACCCAGGGGCUCCCCUGGUGUCCCCCCUGUCCCCGCAGGCCGCGGGCUGAAGUCCCACGCCUACAUCCACAGCGUGCAGCUGAGCCACCAUGUGUUCCUCAACCUGCACACCCUCAAGUUCUACUGCCUGCCCGACAACUACGAGAUCAUCGACUCCUCCCUCGAGGACAUCACGUACGUGCUCAAGCCCACCUUCACAGCCCAGCACAUCGCCCACCUGGACAAACAGGCCAAGCUGUCCCGGGCCUACGAUGGCACCACGUACCUGCCUGGCAUCGUGGGGCUCAACAACAUCAAGGCCAAUGACUACGCCAACGCCGUGCUGCAGGCCCUGUCCAACGUGCCCCCCCUGCGGAAUUACUUCCUGGAGGAGGAGAACUACCGGCACAUCCAGCGCCCGCCCGGGGACAUCAUGUUCCUGCUGGUGCAGCGCUUCGGGGAGCUCAUGAGGAAGCUCUGGAACCCCAGGAACUUCAAGGCUCACGUGUCCCCCCACGAGAUGCUCCAGGCUGUGGUGCUCUGCAGCAAGAAGAACUUCCAGAUCACCAAGCAGGGGGACGGGGUGGAAUUCCUGUCCUGGUUCCUGAACGCUCUGCACGCGGCGCUGGGCGGCACCAAGAGGAAGAAGAAGACCAUUGUCACCGACGUGUUCCAGGGCUCCAUGCGCAUCUUCACCAAGAAACUGCCACACCCUGACCUGGUGGGGACAAGGGGGGACAGGGGGGUUGGGGUCACACAGGGGGUGUUGGG